AACGUUCGCAGGGAUCACAUGGAAGAUUUAUGUGAGCGCCACUGUUCAGCGCUAAACUGCGGCUCAAGCAGGAUUAAAACACGGGAUAUGAAUGAAAACAAUGUUAUUUAAGUUUUCAGAAUCAUUCUUCGUAAACUAGCUGUAUGUUUAACGUUACGGAAAGCGGAAAACUAUGGCGAGAGGAGCGCGUCGUGGAGGCUGAUAACUGACUGAUGGACCAGAAAGGGAGAUCCACACUUCAUUUAAUCCCGUGUCCCAUUGGUGGAGAAGAGACGCUGACCCCACUCCCUCAAGAUGGUCCCCUCGCCUCACAAACUCCUCUUCACCGCUGCAGACUAUGCCAUCUUUGCUCUGCUCCUGGCGCCUCUGGCCAUAGGAGUGUACUACGCCCUCUCAGGAGGUCGUCAGAGAACCACACAGGAGUUUCUACUGGCUGACAGGAGCAUGGGGUGCCUGCCCGUGUCCCUGUCUCUUAUGGCGUCGUUCCAGUCUGCUGUGGCCAUUAUCGGGGUGCCCGCUGAGAUCUACACCCACGGGACCCAGUACUGGUUCAUUGGGUGCGCCUACAUUUUGGGACUGAUCAUUCCAGCCCAUGUUUUCAUUCCCGUGCUGUACAGACUGAAACUGUCAAGUGCCUAUCAGUAUCUUGAGCUUCGGUUCAGUAAAGCUGUUCGAAUUUGUGGGACCCUCACCUUCAUCUUUCAGACGGUUGUCUACAUGGGAGUGUGUGUUUAUACUCCUGCUUUUGCACUAAAUGCUGUCACUGGGAUUAAAUUAUGGGGAACGGUUCUGGCCACUGGACUGGUCUGCACUUUGUACACUACACUGGGCGGUUUGAAGGCGGUGAUUUGGACAGACGUGUUCCAGACUUUGGUGAUGUUUCUGGGGCAGGUGGCGGUGAUCGUGGUGGGGGUGUAUCAGACAGGAGGCCCCUCUGAGGUCUGGACCAAGGUCUGGGAGGGAGGACGCAUCUCUGGGCUGGAUCUGAACCCGGACCCCACGGUGCGCCACACGUUCUGGACUCUGGCAGGAGGGGGCGUCUUCCUCAUGUGGGCGCUGUACGUCAACCAGUCUCAGGUGCAGAGGUACCUGAGCUCUCGCAGUGAGAAGGAUGCGGUCAGGUCGUGUUACAUGGUGUUCCCGUCUCUGCAGCUAGCUCUGGCUCUGAGCUGUGUGAUGGGUCUCAUCAUGUUCGCUCGAUACUGUGGAGAAGAUCACUCAGACCAGCUGCAGUCCACCAAGGCAGAUGCGAUGGUGAUCUACUUUGUGAUGGACAUGCUGCAGGGUUUGCCUGGGCUCCCCGGGCUCUUCGUGGCCUGUCUGUUUAGUGCUGCUCUCAGCACCAUCUCUUCUGCCUUUAACUCUUUGGCCACUGUGACGAUGGAGGACCUGAUCAAGCCCCAGUUUCCUGCUCUGAGUGAGAAGAGAGCCACGCUGCUGUCAAAAGCUCUGGCGGCGUUCUAUGGUCUGCUGUGUCUGGCCAUGGCUUAUGUCACUCACCACAUGGGAGACUCUGUGCUUCUGGUGGCUCUGAAAAUCUUUGGGAUGGUGGGCGGUCCUAUUCUCGGCCUCUUCUGUCUCGGCAUGUUCUUCCCAUGGGCCAACUCCAUAGGCGCUCUGGCAGGUUUAGGUGGGGGCCUGUCUCUCUCCUUCUGGGUGGGCAUCGGGAGUAUUCUGUCCCAGACCCCAGGACCCAGGGCUGUGUUGUCAGACUGUAGAGCUGGACUGGCCUCAAACUCCUCCUCUGCUGUCGUCACUGUGGCUCUCAGACCAUCGGGGCUGCAGAGGUUCUAUUCUCUGUCCUACAUGUGGUACAGCGGCUUCACCUGUGUCUCUGUCAUCUUCAUCGGACUCAUCAUCAGCUUCCUCACAGGUUCGAUGAGGGCGGAGGACUUGACUCCAGGGACUGUUUUUCCACUUUUGGGCAAACUUUUAUUUUUUCUUCCUGAGAACAUCAAACAGAAGCUCUGCUGUGUGAGGCCUCUGCCACAGACGAAGGAGGUGAACGGUGUGAACGCUUCAGAGGAGAGACGAACUUUUCUACCUGAAACUCAGACAACACUGACAGAACAUGAGACGUCUGUAUGAACACAGCUAAUGUUAAAGUGCCUGUGACAGUUGGCCAGAGGCAGCAGAUGUGACAUACGUGGAGGUAAUUCCAAUUUACCAUGUUUAUUUAGUUAAAUGAAGGCUUAAACUGGCAGAAAAAUGGGCUGUGUGUCUAAAUUGUCCUGGUAUUUUGGAUGUAGUUGUAAUGCCAGAGGUAGUAGGGAUUUUGUUUAAAAAUUCAUCGCUACUUCCUGUAUUUUUGUACUUUUUAUUUUUCACAAACUGCCACUUAACUGAUGUAAAACUAUGAUAAAAAUUGACCACAGGUAUUAUCCCUCCAAAUCAACAUGAAAGCCUGUCAUACGCACUUUAAACUGAUUUACUAAUGAUUGGAAUGAAGGUGGCCAUUUGGAAUUCACAGAGAAGAAUUUACAUACUUGAACAUUUGAAAGAUGAAUAAAUUAUGUGAACAAGGACAACUGAAUGCACUUAACUGGCCCCAAAGCGCUCACUUACUCACGUGACAAUCUCAAGGAAUGCUAAAUAUGUUUGUAACUUAACUGAAUGUGAUUAGAUCUAUGAAAGAAUGUUUAUCUGAAAAGGCAUUGUUGCAUUUGGGCGUAUGUCUGACUUUACCAAAAACAAGAGAUAAUAAAAAAGUUUAAAGCGCCCAUAUUAUACUGUUUUCUGAUCUAUGUUCUAAUGUUGUUUCCUCAUCACAAAUAGAUCUGGAGUUGAUGUAGUAAUACAGGAAGUGUUUUUAAACUCCAUGCACCUUCACUCACGUAGUCAUUUGCAUAAUUUUAGCUCUGGACUUUCCAAUCUUUACUGAACUAAAGGUAAAAGGAGCUGUUGAAAACUACUGGUUCAUGACAUCACACGGUGGAACAGAGCAUUUUGAGCUUUGGAGAUGUAGACAAAGUAAAGAUAAAGGAUUAUACAGUGAGGAAAAUAAGUAUUUGAACACCCUGCUAUUUUGCAAGUUCUCCCACUUAGAAAUCAUGGAGGGUCUGAAAUUUUCAUCGCAGGUGCAUGUCCACUGUGAGAGACAUAAUCUAAAAAAAAAAUCCAGAAAUCACAAUGUAUGAUUUUUUUUUUAACUAUUUAUUUGUAUGAUACAGCUGCAAAUAAGUAUUUGAACACCUGAGAAAAUCAAUGUUCUUAUUUGGUACAGGAGCCUUUGUUUGCAAUUACAGAGGUCAAAUGUUUCCUUUAGUUUUUCAGCAGGUUUGCACACACUGCAGGAGCGAUUUUGGCCCACUCCUCCACACAGAUCUUCUCUAGAUCAGUCAGGUUUCUGGGCUGUCGCUGAGAAACAUGGAGUUUGAGCUCCCUCCAAAGAUUUUCUGUUGGGUUUAGGUCUGGAGACUGGCAGGCCACGGCAGAACCUUGAUGUGCUUCUUACAGAGCCACUCCUUGGUUCUCCUGGCUGUGUGCUUCAGGUCAUUGUCAUGUUGGAAGACCCAGCCUCGACCCAUCUUCAAUGCUCCAACUGAGGGAAGGAGGUUGUUCCCCAAAAUCUCGCAAUACAUGGCCCCGGUCAUCCUCUCCUUAAUUCAGUGCAGUGGCCUUGUCCCAUGUGCAGAAAAACAUCCCCAAAGCAUGAGACUACCACCCCCCUGCUUCACAGGAGGGAUGGUGUUCUUGGGAUGGUCCUCAUCAUUCUUCUUCCUCCAAACACGGUUAGGGGAAUUAUGACCAAAAAGUUCUAUUUUGGUCUCUGACCACAUGACUCCUCUGGAUCAUCCAAAUGGUCAUUGGCAAACUUAAGACGGGCCUUGACGUGUGCUGGUUUACGCAGGGGAACCUUCCGUGCCGUGCAUGAUUUCAAACCAUGAGGUCUUAGUGUAUUACCAACAGUAACCUUGGAAACUGUGGUCCCAGCUCUUUUCAGGUCAUUGACCAGCUCCUCCCGUGUAGUUCUUUGUUGAUUCCUCACCUUUCUUAGGAUCAUUGAGACCUCACAAGGUGAGAUCUUGCAUGGAGCCCCAGUCCGAGAAAGUUUGACAUGUUUAGCUUCUUCCAUUUUCUACUGAUUGCUCCAACAGUGGACCUUUUUUCACCAAGCUGCUUGGCAAUUUCCCCAUAGCCCUUUCCAACCUUGUGGAGGUGGACAGUUUUGUCCCUGGUGUCUUUGGACGGCUCUUUGGUCUUGGCCAUGUUAGUAGUUGGAGUCUUACUGAUUGUAUUUGGUGGACGGGUGUCUUUAUGCAGCGAACGACCUCAAACAGGUCCAUCUGCUUUAGGAUAAUAAAUGGGGUGGAGGUGGACUUUUUAAAAGCGGACUAACAGGUCUUUGAGGGUCAGAAUUCUAGCUGAUAGACAGGUGUUCAAAUGCUUAUUUGCAGCUGUAUCAUACAAAUAAAUAGUUAAAAAAUCAUACAUUGUGAUUUAUGUGAUUUCUGUGAUUCCUAAGUGGGAGAACUUGCAAAAUUGCAGGGUGUUCAAAUACUUAUUUUCCUCACUGUACAUAUGUGUGAAUGAAACAAAACACAACUCCAGGUCUGUGUUUGAGGAGGGAACAACAUUAUAACAUGACUUAAAGCUCACAACAGUCAGUUUUGUGUAAUAUAGGAGCUUUAAAAACAAACCAAAAAGAUAUAAAAAGGUAAAUACUAGAGCCCGAUCGAUAUAGCAUUUGGCUGAAACAUAUCGGCAAUCGGCCUAAAUCUUGCCGAUAUGGGCCGAUAUUUCACGUGGGCAUGUUAUAUGUCGUUAUAAAUCUUAGACUCUCUACAUUAUGUUCAUUUAAUCCAGUUUACAGACAGAUAAAUGUCCUAAUAUGUGGCUCCGCAUCAGUAUUUAACUGCGGAGUCAUUUGUCUGUGUGUGUCCGUACUGUCCCUGAACACACCACAGAGUGACGUCACUCACGUGUGUUUGUUUACACUCACACACACAGAUCCAAACACUGAGAUUAUUUUCUUUUUACGGACAAUCGGUUUGAGUCUGAAUUAAAAGGACAUUUAUUAGUGCAGACUUGUGAUGUGAGGAGGAGCCUGUGUGAGCGGUGAGUGUUGGAAAUAUCGGCGACUAUAUCGGCUAUCGGCAGCUCCAACUCCCAGUUUAUCGGUAUCAUAUCGGCCACAACAAAAAUCUAUAUCAGUCAGGCUCUAGUAAAUACUAAAAUAAAAAUUAACAGCAAGAGAAAUGACAAAGGACAGAGAUGGGCAAUGUCACAGUUUUUGAUAUUGAUACGAUACUAAAUACUUUGGGGGAAGGGGGUGUUUUUGAUACUCGAUACUCAAUGCUUGAUACUGGUCUAUUCUUAAGGGUGAUGGGAUUUAGUUAAAUUAAAGAUAUACAUGUAUAUAUGUAUACAAAAGGCUUCAAACUGGCUCUGAAUGACAAAGUAUUGUGAAGAAAUGGGCUCAGAUUGACGCCCAACUUAAAGGUGCAUUGUGUAACUUUUCUGGUGGAGAGUCCGUUAAAUGCUUUUCUCCAUGGAGACGUUAUUGGCUUUGGCUGAAAUGUAAUGUUACAGUUACGGGUGAAGAUCUGUGGAGCGGCGACCCUGCUCACAGUCAGAAUGCCUCUUUUUCUUUGCAUUUUUUUGUCUAAAACCACCUGUAAUUGAAUAAAGUUACACAGUGCACCUUUAAGAUUUGUAUAUGCUAAUGAGUCUAGAUGGUGCAAAUGUUGGUAUUGAUACUACUAUGCAUGAGUCAGUAUUUAUGUAUUGAUACUCACAUAAUGAUUCUCUCAUCCAUACAAACAAAAAUGGGCAUUAAAUGUGCUUUGUGUAACUCCA